AUGAGCUCCACUGCAGCUCCUCUUCCCAGACUCCCUGCCUGCCAGCUGUGUUAUCGGAAGAAGAUCAAAUGCGAUAGCACGAGGCCACGAUGCAGUCCAUGUACGAAAAGCGACAGCCAGUGCGUCGUUCUCAGCCCGGGCGGUGAAGAACCGCUCUCUAGAGCAGAGAUUGAUCGUCUAGAACAAGAGGAGAGGGCGUUGUCCUCAAGACUUCAGACACUACGACGUAAUGAUGAAGGGUCGACCCCAAGAGCACCCGACCGUCCUGCCGCCGGGACCGGGCACACGGCCGCCUCGGUCGAAAGUUCCGACGUUUCGCCAUCAGACGUCGAGGGCCUUGGCUUUAUGGCUUCUCUCUUCACCGAUCCCGAUCUCAGAAGAAACAACACCGAGUUGUUGCAGAUCCUAGCCAAAGUGCCCAACGCCCCUGAGCCCUCCAUAAGCCCCUGCGAGCUGCCUUCUUCGGAGGACGCCGAGUUUCUCUUCGAAAGAUACAUCGACUGGUCACAUGUCCAGAGUCCCUUUCUCUGUCGGGACGAGAUUAGGGAGCUUCGCCGCCGGCUUUUCUCGUUUCCUCUUGCCGGCCAAUCUGCCCCGGACCAUGAUCUUUUCAGGGCCUUCAUGAUCCUGGCAGUGGGCUCCGUGUUUCCGUACCGCAAUGGCGCACACCACCAACAUCCCGAAGGCUAUUACCUUGCCGCUUUACAGCACCUUGGUGCCGACUUUUUGACGCGCGGGCUAGAUUCCGUGCAGGAUCUGUUGUUGGUAUGUCGCUUCGGUAUCUAUCACCGGAUCGGCACUUCGAUAUGGGAUGUGAUCCGGCUGUGCGGUCGCCUAUGCAUCGAGCAAGGCCUGCAUCUCAACGACCAACCGAGCAAGAGUCUUUUGCAUGCACAGAUGAAGCGGCGCGUCUUUUGGUACUUCUACAUCAUCGAUCGCUACAGCUCGACCCUUCUCGGGAAGCCCUUCACCAUCAACGACCGCGACAUCGAGACCAGCUUCCCCGUCGACGCAAACGACGAGGAUCUCGUAGCCGCGGACCAGUCUCUGCGAGACCUCGCGGCGUUCCAGAUGACGCACGUCCCGCUCGGCCCAAGCGAGAUGACUGUGUUCUUCACCGCGGUGCGCCUCAGACAGAUUUCAUCGAGGAUCCACACAGAGUUCUCCAAGCUUUCCCGGAACCAUUUCGAGGUCUCGCGGAGCCACCUUGCACCUGGCCACAUCUACACCACGCUAACACGCUUGAUGCGCGAGCUCCAGGAGUGGAGGGACCACGCGCCGGUCUUCCCGCGCCCAAAAUGUCUCUACGAGUCUCAGGACUGGUUCGACCUCCUGCUCGCCCGGGAGCAGCUCUACCUGGUGCGAAGAGCGAUCGACCUCGUGCCCAAGCGGGAGGGUAAAACUCCGAGGCACGUCUCCGUCCUGUAUCUCAAGACGGCUCUCCGAACCAUUGAGGUGUAUUCCCUCCUGUGCCAGAAUCGCCCGCUCAUCACCCACACCCGGAGCUAUUUCCACAUGAUGUUCACGGCGGGCCUGUCUGUAAUAUUCUGCGUCUCUGCUGCGACGGCUCUCGACGUCGAGGAUGUCCAGAGCGCUUCCGCCGGGUUGACGCAGUGUGAAGAGACUCUGCGGGACAUGGUUGAGCAGCUCGCGAGCGCGAGACACUACGUCGUCGUGUUUGAGGCUCUUCGUCACAACACAUUCCGGAAGCUCAAUCGAGUUCUGGAAGCGCUGAGGCCCGACAACGGCCAUCAAUGUGUGACGGCUGACCCAUCGGCUUCGACUCGUCCCUCUGGGUUUUCUGCACACUCCUCGCAUCCUCUCCCGUCAUCUUUGGGGACGGAGCGGCCCGACCACGCGGAAUAUCGCAUGGAAGACGUAAGUAGCAGCCAGGCGGCUCAGAACCACGUCCCGGUCGGCGAUACGUCGAACACGCUCAACUUUUCGUUGCCUUUGGACAACAGGAUGGCCGGGGACGCCACGACGUACCUGUUUACCGGGAGAAGCAACUUUGGUUCCCUGGGGAUCACCGGAAAUCCAUCUCCCAGCAGCGAUCUCCUUGACUGGGCUUUCCUGAACGACGAGACGCUGUGGAACAUGGAAACGGUGUUGGGGGAGUACGUAUAUGGCGACCCUAGCCGGCAUGCUGGUUUUGACGGGUUUGAAUUUUGA